UGAGAGCUGAUCGAUAGGUUUGUGACAUACGGCUAAAGAGCUACAGUGUGGAGAAUACAGUACUCUCAGAAUGGCUGAUCCCAUGCUUGCCCAGAUGACCAGACUCAAACUCAGGCUGCUGGAGAAGCGACUGGAGAACGAGAGGGACAACAAGGACAGCAGAGCAGAUUCUGCCCCAUCCACCAGGAGUUUUGAUGGACAGGCGGAUGCGUUGCACAGUGUGCUUAGACGAAAAAAGGACCUGCUGCAAAGACUGAGGGAGCAGCACAUGUUGGAGGACCUGAGCAGACCUCACACCUGGGGUGGGACAGGGAGACGGUACCGCCCAGACCUCCUCCUUCCUCCUGUCCCUCUGCCUCCUACUCCGGCCCCCAUCCAUAUCUACCAGCCUGCCCUUGCACCCCCCGCUCCACCCCCGCCACAGCCCCCACCACAGCCCCCACGCAUCAUCCAGCAAAUGUUGCCCCAGCAGCCUACUACCUUCAUUCAGCAGUUACCACAGCAACAGCCCCUCAUACAACAGAUACCCCCUCCUCAGCCUUACCCUGCACCAAGGUCUGGGAGCAUCAAAGAAGACAUGGUGGAGCUGAUGUUGAUGCAGAAUGCUCAGAUGCAUCAGAUCAUAAUGCACAACAUGAUGCUGAAAGCAAUACCUCCCACGGCCCUGUCACCACCUAACCCAGGACAGGAUGUUGUUGUGAGGUCAGCGGUCAAACCAAGAGGAAACGCCGUCCACCACCAUCACUACGGCCCCCAGGCCCAACUGCUACCUCCCAUUGGCUAUCCCAUGUGGCCCUCGAUGACGUCAUCGCUACCUGAAGGGCAGGGCGGGCCUCAUAUGCCGUCCGUGCAGCAUGUGACCUGCCCCAUCACGUUGCCCCCACUCAAUAUGUAUUAGCCUAGCCCUGAACAAUAUUCCCUAACCCCUAUCUUCAGAUAUUGUCUUGAGUGAGCAUUUCAUAUUUCAAAAUAUAUACACAUAGAUGAUUGAUUGUAAAGGUAAAAUGUAUACAUUGAUGUUAUGUUUGAUAAGCAUCAUUUCGGGUAUAGCCAAAUAUAAGGCUUGAAUGGAGAAUUUGCUUCUUGGUCGCUGGAAGCAUGUUGUGAAUUCAAACCUGUUGGCCUACUAUGAUUCGUAGUUGCAAAAGAGUGUGCAAAUGACAAAGGUCUGUAAAACAUGCAUCAGGACUCCAAAAUAAAUCAGACAAGAUUUG